AUGGCAAAUAUAGAAGAAUUAAUUGUAUAUUCAAAUAGCCGGAAUGGACUUGGAAUUCGAAUUUUAGGUGCUAAACGUGCUACGAAUAAAUCGGGUAUUUAUAUUAAACAAAUACUUGAAGAUGGAUUAGCACAAAGAGAUGGUCGAUUAAAAGUCGGCGAUCAAAUUCUUUCAAUAAAUGAUGAAACAUCAAUUGGAAUUAACCGUGAACAUGCUGUUAAUAUUCUUCGUUCGGCAGCUGCGACAAAUCAAGUUCGACUUCGUAUCAAACACUUUGUUCCAGCAUUGUCAUCGACUGAAUAUCAAAAAUUAUUACAUGAUGAAAAAUCUACUGAUGAUGAUGAUGAUAAUCAUCGACAUCAUAAUAUAACUCAAAAUAGAAAUAAUAAUAUAACAACAACAAAUGAAGUUCGUAUGAGAAAGUCAUCUCGAAGACAUCAUCAUAAUAAUAAUCAACAACGUCAUAGCGCAUAUAAUUUAACAUAUGAUAAUAGCAAUAAUGAACAACAAUCUGAAAAUAAUCAAUUAUCACGAGGACUUGAUGUUUCACAUGAUGCUCUUCAAGCAUUACUCAAUUCAAGAUUUAAGUUAAUUGAUCUGGUUGAUUUAGUUAAAAAAACUUAUCCAAAUUUCUUUUUGAAUGAUAAAAAACGAGAAUUGCAAUUUGUCGAACAAUUAUCUGAGAGUACUACUGAUGGUCGUAUAACAUUAAAAGAAUUCGAACGUCAAUCGAGUGUUCUUCUUGGAGAACGUAUAAAUGUUCUUGUCCCAUUUUAUUCUUCAUCUAAUAAUUCUUCUCAUUCAAAUGAUACUGAACUUAUUGUUGAACUUCGUCGUGAAAUAGCAUCCUGUCAUGCCACGAUCGAUGAACUUCAAACAAAAAUUGUAAUUUGUGAAAAAUCUCAGCGUUUAUCGAAUGAAGUGGAAGUUGAAUAUGAAGAUUUAGUUAAAUUUUUAUAUGAACAAUUACGUCAAUAUAAAAUAAAUGAAACAAAUCAAUUAAAACAAAUACGAGCAAAUGACCAAUUAAUACAAAAAUUAUUUAAUUAUUUGUCUAUUUAUGUUAAUGAACCAAAAGAUGAACAUGUAUUAGCUCAACUUAAAUAUGAAUACGAACAACAACAAAAAAAUUUACAGAACAGUAAUGAUAUUUCAAUCAUAUCAACUAAUAAAUAUCGACAACAAUUUUAA